AUGGAGAAAUCGUCGAAGAUUGAGGAGCCUGCGAUCGGGAUCCCAUACAAUGCGGCGUACCAAGCGCCGAUGCCUCAACAGUAUUACGUAGGCGAAAACCCUUAUCAAUCCGGUGCAGUCCCCCCAAACGCCGUCGUUGGGGACCCAAAAGGAAUUCCUCUUCAGCAGACAAUUUACCGAGAUACGCCGGCGCCUUUUAAUUGCCUUCACUGUGGUAGUACUGGAAUCACCUCUGUUAAGCUGUUUUUGGUAUUCAUAACUUCCAAUAUUUGGGAGUCGAGUCGAGUGCAAACAUGGGACCAGCUUUCUUCAUAA